ACGCGCGAUCAUUGCGACGGGAUUUUCACAAUUCCAAGCCAACUUUUUCGAGGUUACGGUUGAUUCGAGCCCUUAUUUUCCAAUGUUAUUGAAUAACGACGCGUGGAGUCCCAGCUGGAUUCGCGGUAGCAAACUUGACGAGAUAGUUUGGAUCGCGAAAUACGUGUUAGCGUGGUGUACAGGCAUUAACAUCGUCUUCUUCAACAUCAACGAGAAGAAACUUAGCUUUCGUUGGUGUUGGAACAGCGACUCUGGAGAAGGUGCACGAUGUCUCUCUGGUCAUUCCAAAUUUCCAAUCUUCGCUUUUGCCGAGAAAACGAUGCAGCCCAGGAUUAUAGUCAUAUCUUAUCCAUCGAUGACGAAAGUUUCCGAAUGCACCGGUGGAUGUCCAUCAGGAUACUUGGCCACUGCAUUUACAGCACAAGAUUACAUGGUCUCCGUUGGUUUUUAUCCUCAUUUUUCUAUGAUCGUUUGGAAUUGGAGAACUGGAGAGAAGAUUAUUUCUGUGAACACUCAUAUACGGGACGAAGUUGGACAAAUACUUAGGAUUACUCAAGGUGAACCCACUGUGAUCGCGCAGAUGGGUAAAACUUGUGGAACGAUGUUCACCUGGGAGUUGAAUAUCGCUGCAAAUGUUGCUGUCUUAAAAGAUCACGAAGUGCAGCUUCCUAAUCACGGAAAGAUCGCGUGGAUAGACUGGUGUCCAACUUCUAGCGAGCCUCUGUUAGCCAUCACAGACACAUUUGGGCACAUCUUCCUCAGCAACUACGACGGCAGCAACGUCUAUCGGAUCGUUUUAUCCCAAAGAUGCGGUAUUUGCACGGACAUCGCUUUGCCGUUGGUGCACUGGUUCCGAGACGGUAUCGUUCUGCGGACAACCUUUUGUCAAAUCCGAUUUUACACGAAGAACGUCAGAAAAGACAGGUGGCAACGAACGUGGUACGUGACAUCUGUAACCAAACCUUAUAUCGUUGUCAUUCAUCCUUCCAACAACAAUCGGUUCUUCUAUCACACGUUCGAGGGAUAUUUGAUGCAAAUUGAUUUCUUCGAAGAGGACGAGAAUCCCAGAAUCAGCAAGUAUUUGGAUUAUGGAGCGAUUCAUCGAUUCGUAGAUUUUGUAUACCCUUGGUGUCAUCAUUUGGUAGUGUCGGAUGAUUCGAAGGGGUUGUUGAUUCUGGAGUGUUACAGUGGAACACCAGUGUCCACGUUCGAUGCAGAUAUCGAUGGCGAGGUAGCUUGCCAAGUCUCUCACCCAGACUAUCCGAUGAUCGUCCUGGGAACGACGCAGGGCGAAGCGAUCUUCCUGAGCUUAGUUCAGCCUAUUACGCCUACGAUAGUGGCUAGCUUAAAGCUGCAGAGGGAACCUUUAGAUUUGAUUAAGUUUUCGUAUUCUGGAAGAUUCCUGAUAGCAGCCGAGAAAGCAAGUGGCAACUGCUACUGCAUCAACCUGCAUCGCGAGAAAGCGUACACGGUGCAAACUCUAAUCCGUGUUCAACGUUCGAUUACCGAUCUUUUGGUCUAUGAAGCAUUCAGAAAACUGAGGGUGCUGGUGUUGUUCGUUGGGGUAGCGCAAUACGAAGUGGGCCAGCAACUGAUGGUGUUCGAGGUGCAAGAAAAUCAGAAUCUGGUCACCGAUGUAGUCGAAAUACUUGAUUUACCUGGGGUCUAUCGUGCAAUUUCUUAUGUUCCUGGAAAUCCGACGCUGUUCGUCGGAUCUCCUUAUCUGACACGUCAACUGAGGGUGCAAAAGGUGCAAGAUUACAAGGAUGUAAUUAUGGUGGAUGGUCUUGCCACGGGACAUCAAGUUAGACUGGCUAAUAUCUUCGUCGAUCGAGCCUGGAUCAGCACUACAGCUCUGGAUGGAUUGGUUCUGGUCAGGGACAAAACUGUCCGACAGUUACAGACCUGUAUUAUGACACACCAUAGAACUGACUUUGGUACCGUGAAGGCGAUGGUGAACAGGAAUGGAGAUUUCAUAGUGUGUAUUGGGUACAAUGGCUCUUUGGUUGCUGUAAGAAGCGUUCCUGCUGACAAUAAGAAGAAUACUGCCACUCCUGGUGACGAGCCUUUCAUGUACAAGGUAGAUUAUGCUCUCUACGAGAAAUACCAAAGGAAAAUCUUCUCCGAUUACGUCACUCUGGACCCCACGGCUUACGGUAUACUGACUCGUCGAAGAUCAGUGUUUCCUGGUCCUAAACAGAAAGACAAAACAUGGUCGGAGUGGCGCGAAGAGUUUCAAAUUCUUCAAGAGACAGAAACGUGCAAGGAAGAGAAGGAGAAAAUUCUGCAAGAUUUCAAGGCAUUGAAAGGCAAAGUGAAGAAGCUAGUCGAUGAGAACGAAGUCUGUCCAAAAAUAGAAAAACUUCCGAUGUCUUCGUUCGACUUGGAUAAAGCAGGUCGUGAUCACAAAUUGAAAGCAGGUCGAGACGACUGCGAGGAUCUUCGGUUAAAAUUAGAACACGACAUCGGCGAGAUGAAGAGGGUGACAAGGUGGAUUCGAGAGACUUUUUGGAAUCCUCAGACGAUUCUAGGUAAAUCGAUAAUCGCCAUCUUUGGCACCGAACACGUCACCAACUAUCCCUCGGUUGCUGAAGACUCAAACGUUAAGUAUCGUCUCCAGUUGGCCACCUUCUACAAGGAAGUUAUACAAACGAUCGUAGAAAACGAAACUUUCCGACCUUGGCAACUCUAUGAUAAAGAAGAACUUGAAAUCGAAUUGGGCAAACGAUUGAAAUUGAAACAAGAAGAGAGAAGAAGGAUCGAUUUGUUGUUCGCGGAGGAAGAGGACGAAGAGAUCGCUGAAGAAGAUACAAAAGAAGAGAUAGCAAUGGAAGGUACGACUACACAUCGGUUUAUCGCGGCGUCGCCGUAUUAUUCUCAGCUGGAAUGUUACGCUUUCGAUCAGCUUUUAAUAAACAACUAUUUCCUGAUGCACGAUUGCGCCGAACUUCGGAUACACUUCAAUCGCGCGUUCGAUGAGAUGUACGAGAAAAAAGAAAGGGAAAUGAACAUGAUACAGGCACGAAUCGAGAGAAUACGUCAUAUCGACUCGGAACUGAGAAGCAUGUUCGGUCAGCACGUGCCACGUGUCCCUACUGAUUCUAAAUGGCAUUGGAAGGAGAGGCCGGAAGAUAUUAUCAAGGUUCUCGAUCACGAAGUGAAGGCAAAGCCUUACGUUUCUCCGUCGCAACAAGAGAUCUUAGACAAGCAGGCGGCCGAGGAAGAACGAAUCAGACAGUUGUUGUUAGCUGAUGAUUUUCGCGAACGCGCUUUAAUGACGAUGAUGGGUGGUGUACUGGAGGUUCGAUGGGAGGACACCAUCAAGAUAGACGUACCUAAGCCUGCCUGUAUGCUUCAAAAGAAACCGGAAGAUUAUACCGCGGAAGAUCUUCAAGUGGUGAAACAGUACGAGAAGGAUGUGCAAUUUUUGCAGGAAGAACGGGAACGUUACAAGAGGAUGCUGGAGACGGAAUACGUCAGGGUGAUGGGACUUCUUCAAGAAGGGAUCGAUAAAUUUAAUGAAAAACUUAAUGAAUUAUUCAAGCUAAAGAUGAACAUCGAAGCAGCCAUAAACCAGAUGAAUCUCCGUUACAUCCGUGGGUAUAUACAAAUUUAUAAUCGAGAACAAUCGUUGCAAGAGGAAAUGAAAUUAAAAACACGAAUUACGGAAAAAGAGGAAUACGAGAAUACCCUGAAGAGUGAUUUACAGACCUACCAGAACGUUCAUCAGCAGUUAAUCGCGAAAUACGAGCUACUAGAUCACAAGCAGAAAGUAAUGUCUAAAAGAUUUAAAUCCGAAUUCUCGUCUAUGAGUAAACUGAACCUGGAACUACUCGAGCGUCAAUACAAACGUCGUCCAAAGACGAACUUAAAGAACCUUGGCCCUUCGGAGUUGCUGGAGCUUGGACAUCACGUCCUGAAGAAAUCACGACCAAUUUUUUUACCAUCAGAAUGCAACGAAUAUUUGAAGGCCCUGGAUCAUCUGGACGUUCGACCGACCACCCUACCUCCAACCAUAGACACCUCGCAGUGGGAUCAUCUGAUUCGUCUGAGACGUUUGAAAAUCGAUGCAGAAUUUAAGACGAGAUCUAAACAGGUGCAAAUAGUGGACGCGGAAACUGUGAUCCUCGGAUUCGAACAGAGGAUCGAGAAGUGCAAAGCCGAGGUUGAGAGAACGAAGAAGAAUCUCGAGGAAACUCGGAGACGUCGAACGAUUUCUAAUCUGGACGUGGAGGUACAGCUGGUGCUGAAGAUGGGACAGGUGGAGAUAAAUACCAACGGAAAUAUGAAAGACACCGAAACCGCGAUCCUGAUCUCGCACAACGAGAUCGAAUCCGUGAACAAGCUGAUCAGGGCCGCGGGUGCGUGCAAGCUGAAAGCUUUGUCUCAGUUGUUGAAUUUUCAGCAAGGUACACUGAUGAAACAAUGGGAGCACGAGUGUAAACGAAAGCGUUUGGAGGAUCUGCGAGAGGACUUGCGGUUCACAGAAUCGGUGACGGUAACCAAAGAGAUGCAGUUGUUCUUGAAGCGUAAGGCUAGGGGUAUGAAAGAGGACAAGACGCAGCAACAGCUGGCCGAACACAUCGAGGCGAUGAAGCAGGGAUUCGAGCAGAAUCUCGAUGAACAGAAGGAUCGAUUGCAGUCGAUCCAGACGGAGAUCGAGAGCACCAGGAGCAAGAACAAGCAGCUCGAUCAACAGAUAUUGGAGAUGAACGUGGCGAGGUGCGAGAUGGAGCAACGUCGCGAUCUUAUCGGCGAGGCGAGGCAACAGGAACACGCGGAGAAGAAGCUGAAGAUGAUCAUGAAGCGAGCCGCGCUGAUCAAGAAGCUGCAGGAUAAUUACGCGGAAUUGUUGGAGCUGCAAACCGAGCACGAGCUGCUCAGACUCCGACGAUAUCCGACCUUCGGUUUCAAGAUGCUCGACGACAAGCCAAAACCGAACGACGAUCCUCCCUCUCGUUUCGAUUCUUGUCCUUGCUGAUGGAUGUUUCGUAAUUUUUUAGCUUUCGUAAUCAGAAUUUGUUAAGUUCGAUCUACUUGUAGAUCGAAAGACCACCACCAUCGAAACGUUAAUAAAAACGCUUAAAUUACAGCAGACCGAAAGGAUUUAAUCAGGCUCGCUUUGCUGGCUCUCAGAAAAGGACAAGCGGCAAUUUGCCGCGGCACAUAAAUCACACGGGGACCCAACAUCCCUCUACAUAAUAGGCGCCGCGAUCUAUCCUCUUUUUCACCAUAAAUAACUGUACUAAUAGUAUAGCAGAGCGAGAGGAUGAAUGAUGCCAAGGGAAGAUGGCGUGGUCGCGAAACGAUCGCGUACGAAUCAAUUUCUUCUGAGAAAUUCCCAGCUGGGACCCGUUUCUCCACUACCCUUUGCCACCGAUAAAAGUAGAAAAAAGAAAAAGAACUUGAAACUCAUCGUGCGACGAUUAAAGGACGGAUUCUUCGCUAUUCUUCGCUAGUCGAUCGCGUGAAUCAUUUUUUAUAGAAAGAGAAGUUGGGAUAUUGUUGAAGUUGAUACAGCAAGGGUAAUGGCUUGAAAGAAUUUUUUUCUUUUUCUUUUUCUUGAAAUUCAUGAGACGAGAAUAUUAUUAUUAUUGGUUUUCAACAUUUCUGGAUGCGGUUACAAUCGGAAGUAAUUUUUAUUAUUAAUAAAAAGAGAUAGAUGGGUAUGGUAAAAAUGCCGACACGGUGAGCCUUCGAUUAUCCGUAUUGUAAAUAUUUUCAGCUUAACGAUCGUAUGAUUUUUAUUAAUGAACAGACCGGCCUCCGCGCAGCUUUUGUCCCCUAAAUACUGUGGUGGUCGAAAGGUUAUUCAUCGGUUUGCUCUUUUUGUUGCCGCGGUAGCCGUGACGGGCCAGGGAAUCCGGGAUAUCUGUGACCAGAGAUCGAUUAAUCAUCGUUUAGCCGCUGACAUCGACGUAAUAUUGUCAUCGUUACGUAAAAACACCGAGUCUCUGUUACGAAAGUGCCACUUACCUCGAUUACUCUUGUUUGUUGCUUCGUUUCGAGAUACCAGAUAAAAUAUUGCUAUAUCGCUCGUUAAAUAGUUCAUUAAUUGUGGAACGGCGAAUGGGGAGGGUCGUUCUGCCAAACAUAGCCGAACAAAAAGCUUAGAUAAUGAACGUUUUAAUGUAUGCAGAGAUUGGAAAGGUGGAAAUUAGUUGGUAAAACGAACGGUUUCGCAGUCUCUGCGAUGUAGAAUCGGAAGAUCGCUUGGUACAGGAGGUUCGGAGUUCGGAGGGGGGGGGCGGUUAUCGGGAAAGCUGGCACUCCAAUCAAUGCAAAUCAAAUCGAGAGCCGUGAAUACGAAGCGUAUAGUCAAAUCAACCGAAUAAAAGCUUCAUGAAUGUAAAAGACUGGUGAAUGCGAGCCAAUCUGGUAAUGCGUCUUCUCCCUCCGCACCCGCGGUCGGUUGCCCUGCCGCCCUCUUAACCGGGGGUGAGAAAAAACACCCCUGCCUGGAUAUUGCGUUAUGCUGACCACUACGCGUGUUCGACGACUCGUUAAAAAAAGAAAAGCACGUACACACAGACGUAUCGCACCUCUUUAUAGCGUUUUUGUGGUUUUUUUCUAGUGAUAAAGAGAUGCUGGAGUACCGAAGGGUUCAGAUAAAUCGUGAUUUUCAGAAUUUUCUGAACGAACGAGCGAAUUGUUUUAAAAUAGGGCUAAACAGAAAACACUGUGAUUUAUCAUUUUAAUUA